CUGAGGUGAGGUGGGGUGGGGAUGAGAGAUCAUCAUUUAGUUAGCUCACUGCUAGCUACCUCCUGGAGCCGAUUUAUCCGAAGUGUGAUGAACUCAGGGGGCGAAAUUAGUGGGUAAUUUUAUUUUUGAUAGGCGCGACGAUGACCCUCUGACACCAAGAAUGGACAUAAGUUAACAAUGACGGGGGAGAAGAAGAAGAAGAAGCGGCUGAACCGCAGCAUUCUUCUUGCAAAGAAAAUUAUAAUAAAAGAUGGAGGAAGUCCUCAGGGAAUUGGCGAGCCCAGUGUUUACCAUGCUGUGGUGGUCAUCUUCCUGGAGUUUUUUGCAUGGGGUCUCCUCACCACCCCGAUGCUCACGGUAUUACACCAGACGUUCCCCCAACACACAUUCCUGAUGAAUGGGCUCAUCCAUGGUGUGAAGGGCCUGUUAUCGUUUCUGAGUGCUCCACUAAUUGGAGCGUUGUCAGAUGUAUGGGGACGCAAGUCCUUCCUGCUGCUAACGGUCUUCUUCACUUGUGCCCCCAUUCCGUUGAUGAAGAUCAGCCCAUGGUGGUACUUUGCAGUCAUCUCGAUGUCUGGUGUCUUUGCCGUCACCUUCUCUGUGAUCUUUGCCUAUGUGGCAGACAUCACACAAGAGCAUGAGAGGAGCACAGCUUAUGGUUUGGUAUCAGCUACCUUUGCAGCAAGCCUGGUUACCAGCCCGGCCAUCGGAGCCUACCUGUCUGUGGCCUACAGUGACACAUUAGUGGUGAUCUUGGCCACAGCCAUCGCACUGCUCGACAUCUGCUUCAUUCUGGUGGCCGUACCAGAGUCGCUGCCAGAGAAGAUGAGGCCAGCAUCAUGGGGUGCACCCAUCUCCUGGGAACAGGCAGACCCCUUUGCUUCUCUGCGUAAAGUGGGCCAGGACUCUACGGUGCUCCUCAUCUGUAUCACAGUGUUCCUCUCCUACCUCCCUGAGGCCGGCCAGUACUCCAGCUUCUUCCUCUAUCUCAGACAGGUCAUAGGCUUCUCAUCAGAGACGGUGGCUGCCUUUAUCGCUGUUGUGGGAAUCCUCUCAAUACUAGCUCAGACGGUUGUGUUGGGGAUCCUGAUGCGUUCUAUAGGAAAUAAGAACACAAUCCUCCUUGGCCUCGGCUUUCAGAUCCUUCAGCUGGCCUGGUAUGGCUUUGGAUCUCAGCCCUGGAUGAUGUGGGCAGCUGGAGCCGUUGCUGCCAUGUCCUCCAUCACUUUCCCUGCCAUCAGCGCCAUUGUGUCCCGCAAUGCAGACCCUGACCAGCAAGGUGUUGUUCAGGGGAUGAUUACUGGAAUUCGAGGCCUCUGUAACGGUUUGGGUCCCGCUCUGUACGGCUUCGUCUUCUACUUAUUCCAUGUGGAGCUGACUGACACAGACGGCUCUGAGAGAGGUGCCAAACCCAACAUGGCCAAUCCCACUGAUGAGAGUGCCAUCAUCCCAGGUCCUCCCUUCCUCUUUGGUGCAUGCUCAGUGCUGCUGUCUUUGCUGGUGGCCCUGUUCAUCCCGGAGCACACGGGGCCUGGCAUGAGGCCCGGCUCCUACAAGAAGCACAGCAACGGGGCACAGAGUCACUCCCAUAGCCCGCAAGGCAGCGGAGCAGAGGGCAAGGAGCCACUGCUGGAGGACAGCAGUGUAUAACCUCAGCUCAGGGGGGGGCAGACUCCCUCGCUCCACCUCAAAAUACCCUGCACACAUGGACAGAUCUACAUAAUUUACCACAAGGACACGCAUGCACCUCAGGCACACUCGAGUGCCGCAAAGAGGUGUUUGUGUCUGUUUUGCUGUCCACAGCACAAAGGUGUGCACUCCUUCCUUAGCAGCCCUUUUCUUUAUAAUAGCUGGGUUAUUGUGAGGACUCUCUAAAGACCCUGUGUGAAGAAAGUGUGUGAAAUAUUUUCAGGGCUGCGGUGGAAGAGGGGUUGUGCGUGUGUGUGUGUGUGGCUGAGCAGGACUCCAAUCUUUGGUUUCUCUAAAGCUGUAACAGUGGAGCAUACAACAGCUUGUCCCCCUCCUGGUGCGAAACAGAACUGAAGUGACUUUGGUCUAAAGUGUGAGUGGGGCAUAUCUGAUAUGUUACUAAAUACCUGUGUGACUCUUGAUUAUUCCUCUUUAGUUAGUCAAGUGGCAACUUUGUUUGUCUGACGAGAGUGUAACAAAUGCCCUUUCACAAGCUAACGUCUGUUCUGCUGCUUGUCUUUGUGACUACAGCUCUGUUUAAGCAUCCAAGAAGGGAACACAGUACUUCCUCUGUGUGGACAACAGGGGGGCACAGCAACUGUGUUAACCUGUGAAAAGGAGCCUGCAAACCAGUAUUGGAGAGGCGCUGCCUAAUUGCAGUCAGGACGGUCAACCAGUUCAGAUACAAAAAGCUUUGUUAGGACCAGAUUUUGUUCAAAUAUCAAAUUUCUUACAGAGAGAAGACUAGAAGAGACCACUUUAUUAGCUCAAAUGGUUUUUCAAUGUUUACUUGCCAUUCUCUAGAUUAGUAGUACAGUUUGGGUUGUAUAUUUUUCUCUGUUCAAACUGAAGGCUAGUUGUGCUUCAAGUUUUUAUUCAAGAAACAAAUGUUGCCUUGAAGUGACUUAAGAUAAAUAUAUAUAUAUAUAUAUGGAGACAUUACGUAACCUGUAUGAAGACCGAGGUCUGAGAAGGCUCUGUAAUCUUGCGCUAUUGCUCCCAUCGGAGCCGUUACACACUUUUUAUUCCUUUGUAUUCAUGCCCUUCCUGUUACGUUGUUUCCUGACAUUUAUCACCAUCAGGGUUAAGGCUUUCAGAACCGUGGUUUUAUUUUAAAAAGCCUCUGGACCAUUUGGAGCUGGAGUGUUGCUAUCAGGAUGUCAGUGUUGGCACUGACUGUUUGAAUUAAUAUCAUUAGGUUCAGCAGAAUAUCAGCCAUACUGCUGUUGUAGUAAACACCAAGGCUAAUAAGUGUGCUGUAAUUGGAUAAGAAUCAUAGCUGUUUCAUAUAAUUCCUGACAUACGUGCUUAAGAGGCACACUCAGUUUCUCAAAUUAACUGACAUGAAGCACCUCAUGGACUUCUGGUAACUUGUGCUGAAGCUCUGAAAAGAGUGAAACUAAGAGCAGCAGUGGAUUAGAUGGCUGGAAAUGUUGAUGUCAGCCCCAAACAGCGACUCAAAGUAAAAUCUGGACGUUAUGAUGAGGUAGGGAGUAUUGUGAAAUCUGCAGUGAUCCCAGAAGGAAAAAAAAAUCCACUUUAAACUGUAAACCCUGAAAUUUGUUAUGUUUCCUGCCUGCUGAUGUCUCGGGUUUAUCUGUAGGUUUGAACCGCUGCUGUCAGUAGGUGGUGCAGUUCGGACUUGGCAUGCCCGUAAGUCCUGGUGCCUAUUUUGUUUUUGGUUGGGGGGGGGGUGGCAUUUUUUGGUCAUUUGCAUCAGCGAUACUGCGUUCCCUUCAUUCAAAUACCGUGUUGGCGCCUAGUAAAUUGUAACUUUACAGAGUUAAUUUAUAAAUGCCUCUAGUAGCUAACAGCAGGUUUCAUGCUGUUUAACAUCGUUUUGAACUGAAAUGUACGUCACAUAUUUAGUGCCAUAUUUUUUUUUUUCUUGGUUUGCUUUUUUUGUACCGUGUGUGUGUGUGUGUGUGUGUGUAAUUGUACACUUGUGUGAUUUGUUUUGUUUUUUUUUCUCUUUGUUGCGUUGUUUUGUCUUAAUUUCUUUGACUGAAGAUUUAAGUUUUAAUGCUAUUUUUUCAUAGCUUUUUAAAACUUGAGUCAUCUUUAGGAUUCUUUUUCAACAUUGGACGGUAAAUUAUCAAAUGUCCAUCUGUCUUUUUUUUUUUUUUUAAAUAACAAGCAUUUCUCCAUGGUUUGUUGAACUUAUUUUUCCCAGAUUUCUCUGAAUGUUUCAAAUCAAGCUGUACAUGUUGACCACACUAUAUCCUCGAUGUUUAGUUUUUAACAUUUCAGAGGGGAUGUUACCACACAGGAGGUCUUUAUUUAUCAUUUAGUUGACCAACACUGAACAAAAAAUCAGAUGGUGGAUAAAUUGGUAAGAUUCUGCACCAGCCCACCCCCCACCCCACCCCCCCAUUAUGUGCACACAUACAGCCUCCAAGCAGAUGACUGUAAAUGUACAAAAAUCACCUGUACGUACAGAAAAUGUAUAUAUUUAUUCCUCGAGGAGAUGGCCACCUCUUGGUCUAUUUGGUUGUAUGGUGCAAUUAUUAUUAUAAUUAUUAUAUAUUUCUCCAGACUUACCUGCUAGCCACUCCUGUUUUUAGUACAAUGUGGUUUGUGGCCUGAACCCCUCUCUCUGUGUGCCUAAAAUUAGCCAAGAAAUGAGUAUGGCAACCUAAGUCAGUAAAAUGGUGGUUAUUAUGUAAAUAUGGGAAACUAAUGACAAACUAUUUAUUAAAGGUUUAUUGUACAA